AUGCGCUUCCAGUCCAACGUCUGUGCACGACAUUGCACACCUUCGUGCACGCUCCGAUCGAAUCGGCCUCCCGCGACCUGCUUCGUUGCGAAACCCUGUUUCCGCCCUUCGCCGCCGAGUGCACGUCGAGCCGACGUGGAGUUGGAGCAGGGCGAGGACCACAAUUCACGAGAAAUGAUCAGCGGGACAGUACUAGACGAUAUGACGAGUCAGCGACGGAAUGAAAAUAACUGUGGGAGUCUUGGCAGGAACGUGCAAAGAGGCAGGGAAUGGAUUGAAGGGCACGUACUACAAGAAUGCAAGUACAGAGAAAUAAUCACAAUUGAGUUCACCGCCAAAAUAUACGCCAGGUCGUGA